AUGGCGGGCAAGGCUGGGGAGCCUUGCAUCCCCCUGACCCUGCAGCGCUCCCGGCUGAAGGCUGAGGAGAAGACCCUGGAUUUUGAGUUUGAGGUGGUCAGCGCCCAGUUUAACCGGCGCGGCCGCUACGCCCUGCAGCUCACCGUGGAGAACCCGCUGCUGCGGGGCUCCGGCGCUGGCGUCCGGCUCCGCAUCGACGGCGGGGAGGUCAUCCAGAGCAGCACCGGCACCACUGACGCCAUCGAGCAGAGCGACCUCAACCAGAUUUACUCCUUCCAGAGGAGGAAAUUCACCUUCACCCUGCCCAGAGGUUUCUGCAAGAACGACAAGAACCACGACGUGCGGCUCCACAUCGAGGCCCUGCACUUCCCCGGGAGGGCAGAGAGGAUGAGGACGAGCAGGCAGGUGGGCGAAGCCUUCUUCGCCAUCUACCCCCGCACCAACCAGCCCCGGAUGAAGCUCUCGGCGGGGAGGGACGAGGACUGGUACCGCUACAGCGCCGUGAUGGCUUUGCUGCGGGUGGGCAGCCAGCAGCCGGCCAUGCACUGCGGCCGGCUGGCCUUCACCGCGUCCCUGCACGAGCACCGGCCUCCCACCACGCUGCCCCCGGCCCCGCUGCUCUCCCCCGGCACCCAGGAGGACGCCCGGCCAGCGGCGGGCACAGCCCCGGCGUCCCUGCACAUCCCCGGCCCCAGCCGCUCGCUCCGUACACCCGAGUCUGCUUACCACUCGCUGCCCACCGAGGGCAGGGCUCGCUCCCCUGAGAGGCUGCCGGCUGACCCUGCACUCAGCUCCUCCCCGGAGCUCCCCGGUGACUCAGCAGAUGAGCAUCCUUCCUCCUCCUCCUCCUCCUCCUCCUCCUCUUCCUCGGCUCCUGCCCCAAGGCGACCACUGAGCUGCAGCAGCUUCCACCUCUCCUCGUUGGGCUACAGCCCGGAUCUGGCCUCUUCACCAUCACAGGUAUCCACGUCCCCCGCCGGGACGGAGAAGCCCAGGCACACACGGGUGGCUGGCAGGGGACACGUGGCCCGCGUGGGGAAGGAAACCAUCGCCGUCACCCUCCACAGAGCCAGCAACCUGCCGGCCACGCGGGAGGGCCUGGUGCCGUGGCCGUAUGUUGUCGUUAAGACCAGCAGAGGGGACGAGCAGAAGCCGGAGGCGACCCGUGCGUCCUCGGUGCCCACCCACGCGCCCACCUGGGAGGAAGAGGUGACGGUGGAAAUGGAUGCUGAAGAUGCAGGCUGGGCGGCCCUGAUUCUCACCGUGGCAGACAAAGCCACCAAGGAGGCGUUGGGGACCUUCCAGCUGCCGGUGCGGCACCUCCAGCCCUUCCAGCCCCACCACUGCAGGCUGGUGCUGCCGAGGACGCGGGACCCCGCGGGGACCGUCCUGCACGUCACCAUCACCCGCAAAGGGAGCUCCAUCCCUCGCUGUGAUGGGUUGAGCUACGUGGCCCUGGAGGUGUUGCUGCGGGGGCUGUCCGCCCCCUUGGCCACCCCCUCCGGGCCGCUCGUCGCUGUGGCCAGAGUUGUGACCAAUGUUCCGGAGUACGAGCACCGCAUGGAGACGCUUCCCACCUCCUGUCCUGACAUCAGCCCCGCCACCAUCACAUUCCCAGACCCUCCGGCAGCAGCCUUCAUCACCUCCCGAGCUGCCAAUCGUGGCCACACGCAGAUGUCCCGAUCAGCCGGGCCCCCAGAGCAGCCAACCUGGAACACCUCCUUCCUCUUCCAAGGCCGAGACGUGGCCACCAUCUUCUCCGAAGGCACCGCCCUGGCAAUCGAAUAUUAUCCGUACAAACCCAUGUGGGGUGCUCCAGGCCCCCUCGUUCCAGCAGGAUACUCGGUGCUGCCCCUCACCAGCCGCGUUCUCCGGGAGCUGGCGGCGCGGGGCGGCGGGAUGCGCGUGGACGGCCUUGCCGUGAAGGGCACGGACCUCAAAACCGCCUCUGGGACCAUCCCAACCGUGGGGCUCUGCCUGCAGCUCCUUCAGUCGGAGAGACCGGCGGCCUUCCUGACCCCGUGGGGCAGCGAUGCCCUCCCCAGCCUGGACCCCGCCGCCAGCAGCACGCUCGAGAGGGGCGAAGAGCCACGGGCAGCCCCCACGCACCCAUUUUACCACCAGCUUCACCGUGACGAUGUGUCCCUCCCUGCAGCUGACGCCGUGGCCAGCAUCCUGCCGGGAAAGCAGCCCUUCCCACGUGGGACGGGAGCACCGUCGGAGGAGCGGAGGUCCCAGGAGAUCCCUGGGGAUGGCCAGGAGCUGGAGGCGAGCAGCUACCGCCUGGCGCUGAAGAGGAUGGCGGGGGACCUCCUGUCCCUGCGCCGGCAUGUCACCAGCCUCGAGGUGGAGAACGGGCACCUGCGGCGCAGCCUGGCCUCGCAGGAGGAGCUGAGCCACGCUCCGCUCGCCGACGGGGACGUGGACGUCAUGACCCAGGAGGAGCUGCUGGACAGGCUCGCCACCCUCAAGCGCAAGCUGGUGGCCAGCACGGCGGAGAUGAGGAGGCUGAAGGACCGUGUCCAGCAGCUGCAGAAUGAGCUGAUCCGGAAAAACGACCAGGAGAAGGACCUGGUGCUGCUCCAGCGAGCCCACCGGCAGCAGCAAGCCGCGCUGAGGAGGUGCCAGGAGAAGGUGGCCAAGAUGAAGGGUCUGAAGGAGACAGUGCGGCAGCAAGAGAAGGUGAUCGAGGCGAUGGAGCGGGCGCUGCAGGAGAAGCUCACCGGGGUGGGCAGGAGCAGCGAGAAGCCGGCGGGUGAAGCCCUCUCCGGGGACGUGUACACCGUGCUGCUGGCCGAGAACUGCAGGCUGCACAGGGAGCUGGCGAGGCCCCCCCACCCCUCAUCCCCCAUCACCCCACGGCCCCCAGCCUUGCCGAGUGUUUUGGGGGGGGCGGAGAAGUUGUCUCUGCUGGCCAGGCUGGAGGAGGCACAAACCCGCAGGCGGGUGCUGGAGAGGCAGCUGAAGGAGGUGGCGAGGAGGUGGGGACGGGAGAAGCAGGAGCUCGGCACUCGUCUGCUGGAGCGGGAGCACGGCUUCCCCCAAGCCCCCGCCUCGAACCUGCCAGCGAUCUCCACAGUCCCCCCGAGAAGACCCCGGCCCCUGCCCCCCCUGCCCUAGCCCACACCCGGCGAGAGAGACAGAGAACCCCAACGCUGGCAAAAAGGAGCCGGUGCUUUUUUUUUUUACGCAUGAUGAAAUCACAGAGAAAUUCCGGAA